CAGCACCAAACUACUGCGGCGAAUUCGACAAUUGGGGCGCUGUCAUGAGCGUUUCCGGCGAGUUACUGUGCUCCUUUGAACUCCUGAAGCCUCUGGACUCAAGCGCGCUGAAGAAUCACAUUAAGAAGGGGCGUAACAAGCGCAACAGCAUGCUCAAUAGUCCACCGGCCAGCCAGUUCCCACAGAGCUACUAAUAGUACACGGCCGAGAUAUUGGUACAAUGGAGGUGCAAAAUUUGACACGCGGAACAGAAUGCAAACAGCGCAAGAAAUUGCUACGCUCAAAAGCGACGUCUCUCGCUAGAGGAUUGCACGCAUCACGAGACGUGAUCAUAGCAGGUCGAUGCCCAGCUUCGAAGGAAGACACGGUUCGCUGGAGAUUCAAUGACGGCGUUACAACUCAACUCAAAUACAUGAGGUACCCGAUAAGCCUUGCAACCAGUCUUGCAUAUCUGCAAGCAGCAUAUGAGUGGCGCGGAGCAACAGCUUUCGCGAUUUUGACUAAGGAAUGUUGAAGGUCAGAGUGGCCAGGCGAGACUGGCAUUCAUUUCAGGGAUAUCACGGGACGGUGUAAUGACUAAAGGCGCUCAGCAACAUGAACGAAAGUGCUUACGGCUGCCUUCAAACGCGGAAACGCAGAAGGUAGGCGUCGCUUGGACAAGAAUACUGGAGAAGCAUAGAAGCGUCAAGGUAAUUACUAGUUUUCAACCCCCACGCAGGCUGGAUUAUUGUCUAGAUAGGUGUGUAUAUGUCUUGUCGACUCCUCU